GUUUUAACUUUCCUUAUCGCGGGGCAGUAUAAACCAUAGAGGACCCGACCUCCAAUUCCAGAGACAAUCCGCUAACGUCCGCCUCUCAGUCUCCUCCUGGUCAAAUAUCCAUUAAAGUCACCUGUAUCACAGAUUCUUUUACUCAGGUUUGCCUGUCCAUACUCCUUUCCUCGAUUCGUGACUGAGUUGCUCUGUUAAAAACUCUAGGUUCUUUCUUUUUUUUUAAUUGUUUUGAAUUUGGAGAGAAGGCAUUGUGCGUAUUUGCGCCAGAGCUGACUGAUUGACAGAAAUAAUUUGGAGUGUUAUUUACAUUAUUUUGCUAGUAACUUUCUUGUGUUUAUAUUCGCUAUUUAAUUGGCGCGAGAUUUUGGGGUUGUAGAUUUUUUUUUUUUUUAAGUUUUAUGGCGUUAAUUGGUUGAAGAGGGAAUCAGCAUUCGAAAUAUGAGUUUUAAUUUUUUGGUAAUAGGGAAAUGGAGAGUGAUGAUGCCGUACAAGACUUGCAAUUUGAUUCAAGCACUGAUGCUGAGGCUAAGCUAGGGCCUCAAAAGAGCUCAUCACAAAAUUUAUUAAAACCUAGGGCUAAGAAGAUGGAUGGUGAAGAGAAGAAGUCUGAGUUGAAGAAGAGGUUGAAACCUGUUGAGAUUUGUAUUGAUUCUGAUGAUGAUGAGCCCAUUGGGUCUUUUUUUAAGUUGAAGAAAACAAAGAACCCUAAGAAGGUUAAGGCUAUGCCAGAUGGUGACAAGGGGCUGAAGGUAGAAAUAAGGGAAGAGAAAUUGGUGGUUGAGGAUGAGGGUUUGGUGGGUAUGAAUGAUACCUUGGCCAGUUUUAGGAAAAAACUGAAGGGUCCUAAGAAAGAUUCCAGAUCUGGGAUCCUAAAGGGAAGAAGUUUGUCUUUGAGUGGAUCUUUUGAGAAUGAUGACAUCUUGGAUGAUAAGUUGGCAUCGGGGAAUGUUGAGAAAGUUCAAGAUCUUGGUGAGGAUGCAUCUGAUAUGACUGUGGGUAAAGGGGUUGAAGCCAAAUGUAGAGGGAGAGUUAAGAGACCUAAGAUGGAUUCAAAGAUAAAAACAGCUGGGGCUCAUUUUAUGUGUUACGACGAUUCAAAGGGUAUGGGGUCUCUGGCUGAUUCUUUGGAGGAUCAGAAAGAGGAAGAGUUAUGGCCUGUGGAAGUUUCCAAUCUAUCUUUGGAUGAAAAGACUGUUGACUCAUUAUCUGCUUUUUUUCAGAGGACACAAUCUGGACUAAUCAGGAAAUCUCACAUGAAUUCUGGUUUGAAACAGAAUGGUAGGGAUCAAAGCGUUGAUAAAGGAUGUAGCCCUAGCUCUGGAGGUGAUUUUAAUUAUAUGAAUAGUUCUCUGUGUGCUUCAGCUAUAAAAGUGAGACAGAAAAAUUCGAAGUUCAAUGAUAGUUCACAUCCGGUUUCUGAUUUUGGUAAAUUGGAAUUAACCUCCAAUCGGGAUAAGAAAAUUAAACCUAUGGCAGACGCUAGUGGUUUGAAUGUUCAAGAGGAACCUAUUUUGGAUACUUAUUCUAAUAAAGUUUAUGAUAGCAUUGGCAACAAGGAUACUUGUGCUGAUGUGGAUGAUGGUUCUGGCCUUAUCCAAAAGGCUAGUUCAGAAACUCAAUCUUUGAAGGUCAGGUUAAAACUUUGUUCUAUGGAUAAAGCAAGCACUUUGGUCCCUGAUGAUCAAGAAAUGCCCAUUUCCGCCUCUUCCCCAGAUCAGAUGGGAAAAUUUUGCAAAUUUGAGGGUGAUUGUAACAGAGGUUUUUCUCAUGCAUUGAGGCAACAUUCAAGGAAUGCUUCAGCAAUAGACAAUUUGAGUUCAGACCAUGAAGUUUCCUGUAUGUCAAUUGGAAAAGAAGUUUCAGUGGCUUGUGUAGAUGACGAGUUAACAAACAAAUCCUUUAAAACUAAAUUCUUGAAGAUGAGCACAACUGGUAGUGAUCCCAAUACCUGUAUUGAGGAAGCAGGUUUUGCUGCCAUUUCUUUGAAAGAAGAAAAUGUUGUAGUAUCUAAUGGUAGUUUAUCUCCAACAACUGAAAUGUCGUGUAGACAUCAGGAAUCUGGAUUUACUUUGCAGAAGUGUAGCCCUCGUUUCCACCAAGAUCAGCCUUCUGAUGCAUCUAAGGGAAUUUGUGUUCCAGGUCAUGAUCCUCUUUCUAUUGGUGAGGAGGCUAGUAGAGUUUCUCCUCCUGGGACUCCAGAUGAAAAUGAAAGUUCUCCAGAAGAUGCGGUAUCUAUGCUUGAUUCUGAAAACAAAGAUAAUAAGUUAUCAGCUGUUCAACGUGCUGCCCGCAUUGCUAAAAAAUGUAGGCAUGGAGACAUGGCUUAUGAAGGGGAUCAUGACUGGGAAAAUUUGAUGAAUGAUCAAGGUUUUCUUGAAAGUCAGGAGGUUGUAGACUACGAUCGGUCUUUAAGAGGAAGAGACAAGUUUGAAUUCUCUUCAAAUACUCUUGCUGAUGCUGAAUAUGGUGGGGCUUUAGCAGUGUCAGUAGGACUGAAAGCUCGUGCAGCUGGUCCAAUUGAGAAAAUUAAGUUUAAAGAGGUCUUUAAGCGCAGAGGUGGGCUUCAGGAAUAUUUGGAAUGCAGGAACCGGAUCUUAAGUCUUUGGAGUAAAGAUGUUAACAGAAUUUUGCCAAUCACAGAGUGUGGGGUCACUGGUACUCCUUCUGAGUAUGAUCCGCCUUCUGCGUCUUUAAUUAGGGAGGUCUAUACUUUUCUUGAUCAGAGUGGGUACAUAAAUGUUGGUAUUGCUUCUAAGAAGGAGAAAGCAAAUCAUCUAGUAAAGCAUGGUUAUAAUCUUUGCAAAGAAGAAAAACUUGAGGGAAGUUCUGGGGCUUCGGUUGCAGAUUCAGUGGAUGAAGUUGCUUUCAUCCUUGGUCAGGUUAAGGGUUCUGAAACUUAUGUGGAAGCCAAAAAUUGUGUUAUAUCUAAUGAUUGGAACCAGAUAUUAGAAGUGAAAAAAGGUAGUUUGUUUAUCCCAGAAGCCCCUAAUGUGAGAGAAGACAAAGUAUGUCCAGCUGAUGAUUGCCUGCAAAAUGUUAGCUCUGAAUCACCUGACAGAUCGGUAGAUGUUGAUGUUUUGAGAGCUGAUCCAUCCUGCAAAAUGGUUGAUAGUGGAAAGGAUCCUAUGGUAAUAAAAGCAGAUAAUGACUCACGCAGUGUUCAAUCUGCCUCUCAUAGUGAUGCUGGGGGGUACCAACAUGUGUUGUCUGAUUCAGAAAUCAGGAAGAAAAUCAUUGUCGUUGGUGCAGGUCCUGCUGGUUUAACUGCUGCUCGCCACUUGCAACGUCAGGGUUUUUCUGUAAUUAUACUUGAGGCCAGGCAUAGGAUUGGUGGUCGUGUUUAUACGGAUCACAAAUCUCUUUCGGUUCCUGUGGAUCUUGGAGCUAGCAUAAUUACAGGUGUUGAGGCUGAUGUGGCCACUGAAAGAAGACCUGAUCCUUCCUCAUUGAUUUGUGCUCAGUUGGGCCUAGAAUUGACUGUGUUGAAUAGUGAUUGCCCCCUUUAUGAUAUUGUUUCUGGCCAAAAGGUUCCUGCAGAUCUGGAUGAAGCUCUGGAAGCGGAGUACAACUGCCUUCUUGAUGACAUGGUAUUGCUUGUUGCCCAGAAGGGGGAACAUGCUAUGAAAAUGUCUCUGGAGGAGGGUUUGGAAUAUGCUCUUAAGAGGCGUCGAAUGGCACGAUUAGGAAGAGAUUUUGAAGAAAUUUUUCUGCACAAUUUGAUGGAUGCUUGUGCUAAAACCAGCAGUGUUGACAUCAAAGUUCCUAAUAGAAAUUGUUCUGAAGAAGAGACUCUGAGUCCCCUUGAAAGAAGGGUUAUGGAUUGGCACUUUGCCCACUUAGAAUAUGGUUGUGCUACUUUGCUUAAGGAGGUAUCUCUUCCCUUCUGGAAUCAGGAUGAUGUUUAUGGUGGAUUUGGUGGAGCCCAUUGCAUGAUAAAAGGUGGGUACAGUGCUGUUGUUGAGUCUCUUGGAGAAGAACUCCUGAUACAUCUCAACCAUGUAGUCACAGAUAUCUCAUAUAGUUUAAAGGACUCAGAAGUUAGUGAUAGUCAGUCCAAAGUCAAAGUUACCACUGCAGAUGGCAGUGAAUUCUCAGGAGAUGCUGUGCUUAUUACUGUGCCACUUGGGUGCUUGAAAGCAGAAAGCAUAAAGUUUUUUCCCCCAUUACCCCAAUGGAAGUCCUUGGCCAUCCAGCGGCUUGGCUUUGGAGUUCUUAAUAAAGUAGUAUUGGAAUUUUCAGAGGUCUUUUGGGAUGAUACGGUGGACUACUUUGGAGCAACUGCUGAAGAAACCGAUUUGAGGGGGCGGUGCUUUAUGUUUUGGAAUGUCAGAAAAACAGUUGGGGCACCUGUUCUUAUAGCUUUAGUGGUUGGUAAGGCAGCUAUUGAUGGUUAUAACAUGAGCUCAUCUGACCAUGUAAAACAUGCAGUCCAGGUUCUUCGUAAAAUUUUUGGAGAGGCUUCAGUACCAGAUCCAGUUGCAUCAGUUGUGACUGAUUGGGGCAGAGAUCCUUUCAGCUAUGGUGCUUACUCAUAUGUAGCAAUAGGAGCAUCUGGAGAAGACUAUGAUAUAUUGGGCAGGCCUGUUGAGAAUUGUUUAUUUUUUGCUGGUGAGGCCACCUGCAAGGAACAUCCUGACACUGUUGGUGGUGCGAUGUUGAGUGGGCUUCGAGAGGCUGUGCGUAUAAUUGACAUAUUGACUACUGGAAAUGAUUAUACUGCUGAAGUAGAGGCCAUGGAGGCUGCACAGAGACAAUCAGAAUCUGAAGGAGAUGAAGUUAUGGACAUAACAAGGAGACUUGAAGCUGUUGAGCUCUCCAAUGUCUUGUAUAAGAGCUCUUUGGAUCGGGCCCUUAUAUCGACCAGGGAAUCUUUGCUACAGGAUAUGUUCUUCAAUACAAAAACUACUGCAGGACGAUUACAUUUAGCCAAAGAGUUGCUGAAUCUUCCUGUUUCAGCCUUGAAGUCAUUUGCAGGGACCAAGGAAGGGCUUACCAUGCUCAACUCUUGGAUCCUGGACUCAAUGGGGAAGGAUGGGACUCAGCUUUUACGUCAUUGUGUUCGUCUUCUUGUGCGUGUUUCUACUGAUCUACUUGCAGUGCGUCUGUCAGGCAUUGGGAAAACUGUCAAAGAAAAAGUUUGUGUACAUACUAGCCGUGAUAUACGUGCUAUAGCUAGUCAGUUGGUUAAUGUGUGGCUUGAAGUCUUCCAAAAAGGGAAAACUUCUAGUGGUGCACUAAAGUUUUCCAGGCAAUCAAAUGCAGUAGAUUCUUCAAAGAGAAAAUCUCUUAAAGAUCCAGCUUUAGGCAAGCCACCUCUACACUCACAUCAUAGCGGUUUGGAGAAUAAAGGAUCUUCUGGAAGCCAUUUGAUUUCUGGUUCAAACAUGAGGAGAGAGAAUGGCAGACUAGAUACUGAAAUGGAAGACAGAAUUUUUGCCAUGUCUGAAGAAGAAAAGGCUGCCUUUGCUGCAGCCGAAGCUGCUCGAGCAGCAGCUGAAGCAGCUGCUCGAGCUGCAGCUGAAGCAGCUGCUAAGGCCUUUGCAUCCUCGGGGCCACAGCUUCCCAAGAUACCUUCAUUUCACAAAUUCGCUCGACGGGAGCAGUACGGGCAAAUGGAUGAAUUUGAUCUUAGAAGGAAGUGGUCUGGUGGUGUUUUAGGAAGACAGGAUUGUAUAUUAGAGAUAGAUUCCAGGAACUGCAGAGUGAGGGAUUGGUCUGUUGAUUUCUCUGCUGCUUGUGUUAAUCUUGACAAUUCAAGAACUGCUGAUAACCUCUCACAGCGGAGCCAUUCAAAUGAGAUUGCAUGUCAGUUGAACUCAAGAGAGCAUUCUGGUGAAAGUGCUUCUGCUGCAGACAUCAGUAUUUUCACAAAAGCAUGGGUUGAUACUGCUGGUAGUGUGGGGAUAAAAGACUAUCAUGCAAUUGAGAGGUGGCAAUCUCAAGCAGCUGCUGCUGAUUCUUAUUUCUUCCACCCAGCAAUGCAUGUAAAGGAUGAGGAAGAUUCAAACGCAAGUUCUAAAGCACACAUCUGGAAGCAUGACAGACGGGCAAAUGGGAGCUCUGUUUCGCAAGUUACAAUAAAGAAUGAGUCACUUGAAAAUCGUCCUCGAGGGGCAGACCAUAUUAAACAGGCUGUUGUGGAUUACGUUGCAUCAUUGCUCAUGCCCCUUUAUAAGGCAAGGAAAAUUGAUAGGGAUGGAUACAAGACAAUAAUGAAAAAAAGUGCAACUAAGGUGAUGGAGCAGGCCACAGAUGCUGAGAAAAACAUGGCUGUUUCUGAGUUUCUUGAUUUCAAGCGCAAGAAUAAGAUUCGUUCCUUUGUGGACAUAUUGAUUGAGAGGCAUAUGGCGAUGAAGUCAGCUGUUAAAUCAUGAUGUUAUUAUGGGUUAGCAGGCUUGUUUUCCUUUGUGCUUCUGUGCCAGACCCACGACAGAUGAUGGUGGUGUUGGGGUGGAGUUCUUGAUCGCGCUUUUCUUGUCUACACACUUAUAUUAAACUGCCUACAUGCUUAUAAUGAUCCUGAAGCUGUUGUGGAAGAAAGGAGAUGGCUUUCCAUUCAAUCAUAAUUGGUGGGUCUUGAUGGAAAUUGCUCUAGUCUGAUAUUUGCUGCUGACAUGUUCAGAAGUGGUAAUGUAAAGUUAGCCAGGACACCAUUUCUGAAUAUGGAUGUAGCCUUUUAUACUGUAAAUGGGUUUGGCAUGAAUGAUUUAGCUCAUUUUUGGCAGAGAUCAACUUGUUUUGUAGAUGAGUUCAGGUUGCCUCUAGCAAUUGAUUCAUUGUGGAUGAAGGUUGGAUCCAAAGGGUAGAGCAUCAAUACCCUCAUCUUUUAUUUGAGGAGAACCUUAUAUGAGACGUGACUGAAUAAUUUUCAUUUUCUUUUCAGAAGUACUGGCUAUUAUCCUAAUUCUAAGUGAACAUCAAUGAUUAAAAUAUUUUUCUCCAAAAUCGUUUCAUUUUCUGCCUCUCGCUGUUGCUUAUAUCUCUGUUUAAUCGUAUAUGGGGCAUGUGACACUUUGACUCUAAUUAAAGAUUGUUAUAACUCAUGAAUUUUAUGGUUUUGACUUCGGAUUGAAUUAGCACAUCAAGUCUUGACAACUCCUCCAGAUUGAUUUGAUUCUUAAAAUCAAUGGAAUCUUUUGCCCUUCUGUUUCAGCCAUUAGCCAGUGAUUUUGAUUGCUGCUAGGUCUGGAAAAGUACUGUGGUUCUCUGGUUCUUGUAAGGGUUAUUAGAAACUGGCCUGUAUUGUUGCAUUUAGAAUGGUGAAUUCCCUGAUGGCUGGUGGGUAGCAUGUGAGAUCCCAUUCAAUGGGAAAAAAAAGGUAAAGAGUUGUCUAUGCUAAAUUCUUAGAGAAGGUGCAUGGCCUCUUUACUGUGUUGAGGAUUUUAGGGUCUUGUUGAUGAGGUAAUUUUGUAGAGGGGCUCAAGGAAGACAAACAUUCUCAGGUCCGAUCCAUACCAUCUCUCUCUGCUACAUUCUCAGUCCGAUCCAUGCCAUCUCUCUCUGCUACUUUGGCUUCCUUGACACUGCUGUCCUCGUCUUCUCCUUUCUUGUUGGAUGUAUCACAGGUAUGGGAGCUGCAUAUGGAAAAGUGAAAACUGAAAAGUGGCAUACGUGUAGCAUCGAGGGGAGUGACAAGGCCCGAACUGUGAUGAAGUCUAUUCUUCCUGUGUUUGUGACUGGAGUGUUAGUAUCUCUGCUGGUAUGCAGGGGGGGCAUUGGUGAUGCUGAGCCAAUGCCCAACAGCCAAAACUUAGGAAUGAUUCUUAUUCUCAUUUUUGCUGAAGCACCGGCCUUGUAUGUUCUCACUGUUGGAAUCAUUCUCUCUUCCUGAGCCGGUCAGUCAAGAGCCAAUUAAAAUAGAGCUUGUGUUUUGUUGCUUACUGGUGUUUUUGGCCUGUGGAUAGGAAUUAGUUCAUAUUUUCUGUGGUUGGAAGUCCUACUUUUUGGAAGUGUUAUCAACAUCUAAAUUUAUGGUCUGGGUUUGAUUGAUUAUUCUACCAGACCGAUUCCUUUACUGUUGAAAGUGAUCAUGGUAGAGUGUAGAAGUAGAAAUUUAGUUUCUUCAGUUGAUAAGAUUAUGUUGUCAUUGUUAAAUGUUAAUGCUUUGCUUGCUUUUCGCGGAUUUUUCA